AGCUUUCCUCCUCCCCUCCUCUUUAAUCUCUUUUUGCUUUCUUUCUUGGCUCUGGUAUUCCCUUGGUGCGAUUCUCCACCAUAUUUCCAAAAGACCCAUCAAACUUUAUAAAAGAAAAAAAAAAAUAGAUCAAAAACCAUGGUUUUCUCAUCUGUUCCAGUCUUUUUAGAUGCUCACAAUUGGCAGCAGCAACCAAAUCAUCAACAAGGAAGUGAUGACAAUCAAAACCCACUGCUCCCACCACCCCAUCAUGCUGGCGGUGGUGCCGGCUCAAUCCGGCCUGGUUCAAUGGCUGAUCGAGCCAGGUUAGCCAAAAUACCCCAGCCAGAGACAGCUCUGAAGUGUCCCCGGUGUGAUUCCACCAAUACAAAGUUUUGCUACUUCAAUAAUUACAACCUUGGUCAGCCCCGUCACUUCUGCAAGACAUGUCGGCGUUACUGGACUAGAGGGGGUGCCCUUAGGAAUGUUCCGGUGGGAGGCGGUUGCCGUAAAAACAAGAAGAGCAAAAGCAGCAGGAAUAAAUCUCCGGCUGCGUCAACUGAGAGACAAAUGGGUCCCAACUCUAGCAGUGCAAUUCCCUCUGCCUGUACCUCAGAGAUAAAUAUUGGUCUUUUGCCUCAGCAACCUCCUCAAUUACCCUUCAUAGCCUCUUUACAGAAUUUUAGCAGGUAUGGUGUUGGAAAUAUUGGCUUAAACUUCAGUGACAUUGAUGCCAGAAACUUGCCUACAUCCGAUGUUAGAAACUCAAGGUAUGACCUUUUUAUGAAGACUGGUCUGGUUGAAAACCACCCUGCAUCGGACAUCCCGGCACAGACUGAUCUGGCCGGGUAUCAGAUUGGAAGUGGUUCAGGUGGAGGAGUGGAUCCGUGGCGUUUUCAGCAAUUCCCUUUCAUGGGUGGAUUUGACUCAUCCCCAGCUUUAUACUCAAUUCAAAGUGAAGGAGUCGAAGUACCAUCUCCUUUAGUUGGAGAUACUCAUGAGCUUAGGACUAUGACUUCAAAUUCUAGGGUUUCUCAGCUGCCUCCAGGGAUGAAAAUGGAAGAUCAAAGACCAGGGCAAAAUUUGUCAGGUCUCAACUGGGGAGGACAUGCAUGGACAGAUUUAUCAGGUCUCCACUCUUCUUCAUCCACCCAUCUGUUGUAAUUCUGAUAUUUCUUGCAUCGUCAGCUCACCAUUAGCUAAAGUUUUUAAUCCGGGAUUUAUGAUGAAGAGGGUUGGAUGUGAUAAUGAAUAACUUUGAAUAGCAAGCUCCACUGAAACUGCGAAAGCUGAAUUGAGGAAACUCUCAUGGGGAAGAACCAAAAAAAUGGUAGAAUUCGUAUCCAUGUACUGUUGUUAAUUAUAGUUUUAUGUAUUUUUAUUUUUAUAUUUUAUGUUUUCUGUGCUGUAUGGUCUUGUUUCUAGAAGUAUUGUGUGUGUGUGAGGUGAUGGAGUUUGUUAUAUGUAAGACAUGAACCUUAUUUAUGUAGAAAAACUUCAUGGCAACUUAUUUUCCAACUCUA